UUCAUUCAAAAUGGCAUGAAACCAAAUCCGGAAAAGUACCAGGCUAUGGUCCUUGGCAGAACAGAAGAACAGCUACUCCUUAAAUUGGGUAAUAAUGAUAUUAGGACCACAGAAAAGACUAACCUCUUGGGGGUUGUACUUGACAGUAAGCUAAAAUUUGAUGAUCAUGUAUCGAGUAUUUGCCACAAAGUGAGUGCUCAAAUAAACGCCCUUAAUAGACUAAAAAACAUUUUACCACUCAAAACCAAGGAAUCGAUAAGACUACCCUCCAUGGAAUCUCGAAGAAUUCAAGACAUGUUAUUGACAAUACAUAACAGCAUAUCAAACAAAGCACCAUGGGCAAUUAGGAAACUUAUUAAUUUACGCCCAUUUAAGUACAAUCUCAGGCACCAAGAAUAUGUUUUAUCUUUACCUAAAGUUAACACCACCAAAUAUGGACUCAAGUCAUGGAGAUAUUUUGCAGCCCAGAAAUGGAAUGAACUAUCAAAUGACAUUAGAAUAAAAGUAGGCACCAAUGAAAUAGUAAACAGAAUUAGAUCGCUAAAUUUCGGGGAUUAGUAAAUUUGUGACAUUAGUUUUAAUAGUAUCUUGACUGCGGCGGUAAUAUUGUAAUAAUAGUU